AUGGACGAUAUGUUGGUGCUCUUCACAGGGACCAUUGACGAGGAAUAUCUGCUCGGCACCAAAGUCGAAGGGAGCGAGCAGCAGACCGAGUUAGGUGUGAAGUUCACUCGUGAAGGAGGAUUCUACAAAGAAUUGACUACGCCUACCAUGGGUCAUCUGUUCUGGAACAACGUGAUUCCCGGGAUCACUGAUCACGACACUGGAGGAACGAAGUUUUUGCAAUCAUUUCCGCAGGAGUAA